AUGGGUGAGGACGUCGCGGGGGCGGCGACGGCGGCGCGCGCGCGCUCGGGCGGGCGGACGUCGACGAGCGCGUACGCGUCGGGGACGACGGUGGCGACCGAGCUCGCGCGGGCGAAAGAACUCGGGUUGGAGGUGCCGCGACCGGGAUCGAGGGUGCUCAAGGCGUGGCUCGGGCAGGAGUACGAUUGGACGCGAGAGACGGUGGCGAGCUCGCUCACGGGGACCGACGUCCCGGAACACAGCAUCGCGGCGCAGAAGGUGUACGAGCCGGCGCUGACGUCGCCAAAAUGGAUUGCACGCAUGAUGGGGGCGACGGAGCCGACGGCGAAGGAGGCGCUGACGCCGUCUUUCGCGCCGGCGUUGUGGAAGUGGUUGUGCGCGUCAUCCAUUGAAAACGCAAAGCACAACAUCGCCGUCGUGGGCGCUAUAGUCGGUCAGAACGAGACAUCCAAGGGUAAAUAUAUUAGUUUCGGCUCGGGGUCGUCGAGAAAAUCGACGUUUCUGUACAACGUGCGAAGUAACAAGACGAUGGACAUCGAGCUCACGCCACGCGGCGAGGCUCUCUUCGAUUACAUGACGGCCAACAUGUUGCUCAUGCAGGCUUCGAAGAAGCCAAAGUAUAGUGUUCUUCCGUUCAUGCAUAGAUUUCGCUCGAACGCGUACAUGUCCCUCGCGGGUUUACCGCGCGAUUGGGAGGGGUUGCGUUUACAUCAAAUCCUCGUUCGUCGUAUCGAGGAAUCGGGACGCGUGGUAGACUUAAAGCCAGAGUCGCCCAUCACGGUCGUGCCGAUGAGCGAGCUAGAGAUUUCAGAUUUCAUGGGCACUCUGCCGCCGCAGUUGUUCGUCUGGGUUCUCCCGCCGGUGCACAAUUCUCCUGAGAACCGCGCGCUGGUGGAGAAGGACAUUCAAACCGCACUUCGCAUUGGCAAGAGAUCCGACGUGCGCGUCGUCGUGUGCGGGUUAGAGUUUUCUGGUCAUCGUGGAUCGAACGUCCCCGUCGGCCGUCAGUGGGAUGAGUUGAUGAGCGAUCUCACGGUCUUGACGCGCUCCGCUGCCGCGGAGGAGCACAACUCUCGAUUCAUUGAGCAGCUCGACGACAUUCAGAGUCAAUGGUUGAACGAAUGGUCGCACAACGGAUUGACGCUACCAGAGGUAACGAAGAUGAUGUCCGCCGGUGAGCUCGACAGAAUCGGCGAGAUGACGAGCGAUCGCGCCAGGAAGUGGUUCGAUGAAUACACGGCGCCGUACCUCGGAAAGCAGCACGAUUCGCGAUGGUUCUUGAUGAACGCCAUCUUCGGGGGCUUGCGGUUUAUAAACCGUCUCCGCUCGAGGACGAGGUCUUUCGGCGAUUCUAUUGUGGAUACGACGCAGCACACGCACAAGUUCCUUCGCGGAGAGAUGACGGACGAACAGAUUUUAGAGGAAGAGCGAAAACUCGUGGCGUUUCACGGCACCCCCGAGGGCAAGAUGAAAGUGUUUCCACCGGUCACGAAAAUAUUUGACGCGCUCAGAGAAUUUAGAAUGGCGGUGCGCAAGGCGGAUCUUCGCGCAGAGUUGCAGAACCUGACCGAGCGCGCGAAGGAAGUCACCUCCUCGCGAGAUGAUGCCGAUGUCGUCAAGGCUGAGUCAUUGUUACGGGAGAUGUGGAACGUCAAGGGAAGGAUGUCCCAGGUGAACCUCGCGCAAAGCGAGCCCGCGGUCGUGGCAUUUAACAUGCAGCUCGGUUCGUUAGAGCAGAUCGCCGCACUCGGCGAGAUGCACAGACAAGCGUUCUUAGAUACGGUUAGUCGCAUCAACGAGACUGCGUCGGCGCCGAUGCCCGUGGAAGGCGGGCCGCAAGCUCUCGAGUCGCAGAGCGUCGAAAUGGAGCAGCUUUUGAGUGAUCUGACGUCACGCAUCCAAGCGCGAUUGGCAGGAAGCGCGCUGCAGGUUUCCGCUCAGAACAUGGAUGAAAUCAGCGAAGAGGACAUCUCAAAAGAGCUCAUGGACGCGUUGAAUUUGGAUGCCCAAGACGUCGACUCGGCGGUGAAAGCAAACAAGCUCGGUCGCGACCGAGUGAACGCUCUGAUCGCGGCGAAAGAUUUACUGCACGCAGCGGAGGAUGUCGACCCAGUAAAACUCAGGGAGCGAAUCAUGCACGCGAAGGAAGCUGGAGUUGACGCCGACAUAGUGUUCAGCGCGGAGACCAAACUGGAGAACUUGGAACGACAAAUCCAAGCCUUCAUUCGCGCCCAUCGCAUCACGGAUUCACUCCUGCCAGCGCCGACGUCUGGGAGCGACUCUGAUAGCGAUCGAUGGGUGAACGCCGGAAGGAACAUUUGGUACAACGAGGCUGAGAUUCUCGGACGCGGUUCGCUUGGCACCAUUGUGUUCAAAGGUUACUUCGACGAAGGCGCUGGUAACAGAGUGAGUCGUCGCGAAGCUGCGGUGAAACGCAUACCGCUGCCACCUGGUGAGCGUGGCGAUAAUAUGCGAUCGCUCAUUGAACGCGAAGUCGCAAUUCACAGGCAUCUCAACGAACGCAGUACGCGCGUGACGUACCUACUUGGGAGCAAACUCGACGUCGAUCGCAACGACGGGGCGAUUUACACCGCCAGCGAAUUAUGCGGCGAGUCGCUCGCGACGUGGCUGAAAAACGCGGGUGGCUCAAAAGGCGUUCCGCAGAUUCCUCACGGCGAGCGCAUGGACGCCGUCCGACAACUCGCUCUAGCGAUUGAAGACGUCCACUUGGCGGGAGUCACUCACAAUGAUAUCAAAGCGGAUAACUGUUUGAGAAGUGGUGAAGGGGAGUUCAAGCUUGCAGAUCUAGGACUUGGGGUGAGAAUAAAGGAUGCGAACAAGGCGACGGAUGGGAACACAUAUUCGCUCACCACGUUCGAGGGAUACGGGGUGAACAUCGGCCUUCAGGGUCGGCCUCCUGAAGUUUUGCUCAACGCUCCGUUGACGCCAAAGGUUGACGUCUGGAGCUUUGGUUGCCUCAUGUACACUGUCAUGACUGGAUUACAGUCGCCGUACAAGCAAGAUAAGAAGAUGGACUCGAGGAACAAGUCCCAAUCAACGAUGCAUGAGCUCGACAUGAACGCCUCGACCGCGCUCGACGUGGGAUUUGAGAACCAAAGAAUCGUCAAGGGCAAGUUUAGUCUUCAGGCGAUAGAGACGGCGCAGCUUCCUGCGCACACCACAGUAGGCGCCCGUGAGAUUUUGCAUCGCAUGUUGGAUCCCGAUCCUCGCGAGCGUCCGACGGCGACGGAGGUGUGCGAGCACCCCGUACUCUGGGACGUCGAAGAUUGCAUGGAGGCGGUGAGAGAAAUUUUUGACAGGCGCAUCGUGAGCGCCAUGUCUGAUCUCGACGAACACGAGCUCGUGCGAGAGGUAUGGAAGGGAAGACCUGGUCAAGCCGAGCGCGCGGCGCAAACGAUUCGUAACUGGAAAUCCGCUGUCGUUCCAUCUCUCAUGACGCGCGCCGAAAAGUACGUCCAACGAACGGCGAGUAUGCAGCAGACAUGGGACGAAAAGCGCGCCGCCGCCGCCGCCGCCGCAACCGAGGCCAAGCGCCGCAACCGCCGAGGCCGCGGACGCCGCACCCCUGAACAUCAACCCUCCACCAAGCAACAUGAACCAAGGGACUUCUCCUACGGCGACCGCCUGUUCGAUCUCGUGCGAUUCGUUCGCAACAUGCACGAGCAUCCGCCGCUCGAGGCGGAGCGCGCCGACAUGCUCCGCGCGCUCGGCGCCAACGUCUCAAUCCUCCUCAAACCCGAGGAUACGAACGCCGAUCCGUGGACGUCGUCCCGAAAGAUCGUCGAGGCUUACGUCGCGCACACCUUUCCAGAUCUUCCUCUAUUGGCGCACCACCUUCUCAAGCGUUCGGAAUCGAACGCGAGCGCCGAGCGCGAAUAG